CCCGCUGCCGGCUGAGAGAAACCCUGGAGUAGCGGAUCACCUUUGCACUGCUCGAGAGGCCACGUUCUCAUAAGGAAAUGCCCUGGUAUUUAUUGGCAGCGUGGUGGAUAAGUAACGUGGGCAGCUUUCUGUGGACAGCCAGCUUCUACGCCCUGCAGCAAUGUGAUGCUUCAGCUUCCGGUUUCAGUGCUCACAAAACAGCCUUUCAGAUGAAUUACACUUAGAUUGGUUUAGGAAAUUGUGCAAGUCAGUCAGUUUGACUGGGGGAUGGACAUUUCUGCCAGUCUCAGUGAGAGCCAUGUUCUGUUGUCAGCUCUCCAACUGGAAUUGUCCCAUCCAUGCCACAGAGCCUUCACGCUGAAGAGCUUUGCAAGAGAAGUUUGCUGGAUUUAGCCCAAAGAGAAGCAGUGAACUCAUAGCAACACUCAGGAGGUUGGGAUACUCUGAGAUCAUGCUAAGCAAGUGGAGGACAAUUACGGACAAGUUUCUGUCUCACUGAGGGGAGGAACUGAAUCCUGCAGUACUUAAGGCUUCUUGGUGGGUGGGGAAUUAUCAUCUCCUAGCUGCCGCAGAGGAAGGCUCUGCUUUGCCUUCUUCCCGGAGCUGUGCCGGACGCUGAAUGCACGUGACAGUUACUCAAGGAUCUUAAAUUGCCAAGAUGCCCAUCAGUGUCGAUGAUGUGGUGCAACUGCUCUGUGAUCUCCCUCAGGUGAAGCGGAUGAAAGCUGCUGUCAAAGGCUCUCGUGCAGGAGCACUGCUGGUAAUUCCAACAGCAUUACUUGGUGGGCUGAUGGCAGGUCCACCUGGAAUUAUAGUAGGAGGGGUAUUUGGUGGAUUGAUUGGUGCCCGGAUGACCGCUCCACGCUUCAAGCCACUCCCUCAGAUUUUAUGGGAGUUGUCUCCUGCUGAGAAGCAGAAAUUCUAUUCUGAAUCCAUAGUUAUUCUUGAGUGCUUACAAUGGACUGAUAUUGAUGAGCUCACAGCUCUUGUAAUGGGAAAUGCUGGCCUCCAGGAGAAGUUGACAAUACUGCUGACAGAGUACCUGUCCAAAGAACUAGGGAUAAAAAUACAGUACCAACAAUAAGUCUUUCCAGAACAGGAGUUAUACAGUGUAAUGAAUUCCACUUUGACAAUUGUUAUUCUUCAACACAGCAAUUAAUAGUUACCAGUAUUAAGUACGAAUGUAGUCAGAGCUAAGUAUUAUUUUGGAUUUUGGUUUCAGUUUAGUUUUUUUAAAUUGCUUUUUGGUAAAGAUAGAAUUAGGUUACUGAAUUAUCGUGACGCUGACUUGUAAUGUAAUAUUGAAUUACUCUGCACUAGGACAGAACUCAGAAUCCCUGAGGGUAAUUAUGCUUCUCUUACGCUAAUGUAUCACUGGUUAAAAUUUUCAAAUCUUUGUGUUUUAGUGAGGAGAUUUCAUCCUCUUUGUGGUAGUGCUGUGAAUUUCUUCUGUGAAUGAUAUCUAGGUGCCAAAGUAGUCGGAGCACUUCGAAGACUUUUACCUACUCUCUGUUUCAGUCCUGGAAAGGACAGUUCCAGGAAAGUACGUUACUGUACUGUGAACUCAAAGAUGUCCAUCCUUACCUUAAUCUUUGUCCCAUUUCACUUGUAA